CAUUGCAUUGUGGGAGUAAAGAUGAUUGACACCGGCGCCAUUUUGCUCCUGCUCGCUCCGCUUCCAUUGUGUGAGAGAUAGUAAAUAUCUGACACUGCCACACAACCACAACACACUGAAACGCUGCGAAGCGAAAGCCGACAAUUCAGCCCCGGUGAAACUUUGUCGUCAUGGCCCGUACCAAGCAGACCGCUCGUAAGUCCACUGGAGGAAAAGCUCCUCGUAAGCAGCUGGCCACCAAGGCCGCCCGCAAGAGCGCCCCCUCUACCGGGGGUGUCAAGAAACCCCAUCGUUACAGGCCCGGUACCGUGGCUCUCAGGGAGAUCCGUCGGUACCAGAAGUCCACAGAGCUGCUGAUCCGUAAGCUGCCAUUCCAGCGCCUGGUGAGGGAGAUCGCUCAGGACUUCAAGACCGACCUGCGCUUCCAGAGCGCCGCCAUCGGAGCUCUACAGGAGGCCAGCGAGGCCUACCUGGUGGGUCUGUUCGAGGACACCAACCUGUGCGCCAUCCACGCCAAGCGGGUCACCAUCAUGCCCAAAGACAUCCAGCUGGCCCGCCGUAUCCGCGGAGAGCGCGCUUAGACACUCCUCUCCACUCCUGUUUUUCUGUCCCUGUCCUCACUGCUCCCACCCCCACCCCCCACCCCCCAGCCCUGCUCAACUUCUUAGUAGACUUUAGGCUGAUCCUGAUCAUGAGCAGAUAGAAACAAGUCGAAGUCUGGUCUCUCGUAGAAGUUUUUCAUCCUCAUAAAAUGUUUUAGGGUACCUUUCUUUUCUUUUUUUUUUGUGCAUGUAAAAAGUUUUGUGGAUCAGAUGCGCAUGUGCACACGCAUACUCAAAUGUGUAUCACUGGAUUUUCCUGGUGCUUCUCAACACGGAGCCCGCCUCUGAGCUCACCUGUUCUGUUGGAGGUCAGCUGGCGCAGCUUGUGGAGCAAACAGAGCUGGAGCGCAGGGACCUGGCCGAGGGGCUAGUCUGCUUAAGGGGAGCUGCAACUUCCACAGCAGGGUGCUAUUAAAACUAGCCCUGAGGCCCCCUGAACACCCCCCCUCACACCGCCCCUGACCCCCAGCUGGGGGAGAGGCUGGACUGCUGCUCUGUUUGUGUGAACCCACCAGCCCUGACCUUCCAAACCAACUGUACUCGACAAACGUCAAUCUCUCAGUUCUUACAUGAAAAGUUCGUGGGUAUGGUGUCGGUGGUUUGUUUUCUUCUUUUUUUUUUCUUCUACACAUAAAAUUCAUAAUUUACAGAGUACAUCUUAUUUUACCACUUUCUAAAUUAUCAAAAAUAAAACAGAAUUGAGUUUUCUGCGGUGAUUUUAUUUGCUGUAGGAGUUUUUUGAGGAGCUUCUGUUUUCCCAGGAAACUAUUAUUCCCAUCGCAACCACACGGGGGCGUUAGAUCACCGUCACCUUUUCUUUUCAGUUCGUCACUGCAGGUCUGUAAUCACACUCGAUGCUACUGGCGCCCCCUGUCUCCACAGAUCAGCAUUAGAUUUGACAUAGUGAAAGUUCUCUGCAUGUUUCAGGUCUUUGUCUUUCCUGCCAGCUCUGAGCGUAUAAACUGUCCCUUUUCUUGAAAUUUCUGAUACAGAAUAUAACCUCAUAAUUGUUUUCUUUUAUAUUUUUCUUAUUCCUUGAGAUUUUCAGACGUAUAAAUAAGCUGAUCUUUGUAUUUUCCAAAUUUCUCAUAUUAUGGUGGUAAUAAAUAGAUGUUAAAACAAG